CAGGAGAGAGGAUCAACAUCCACAGCGAGCAGACAGGAGAGUGCUUAUGGGCAAAGAGACUCUGUACUGACUAGAUAGCUGGCAGAAUUAAACAGCAGAACAGGGAGGAGAAAGACACAAACAGACAGAUCUCUGGCACUCUCUGGUGUGACUUGGAGACAAACAUUAAAGGAUAAUAUAAAGUUCAGAGGAGACUCUAAUGGGAGGACUAAACUGUUAAUGCGAGAGAAAGAUCCAACCUGAGGUCGAUUUCCUUGGAUGUAUUAGACGGGCUAGUUCAAUAUGGGCAACGACACCAGCCAUAAUAAAGCAGAACCUCAGCAGGAGCCUCCGGCUGGUCCCACUCAUACAGACCCACAGCAACACAGUGAGGAUGAAUUCUUUCCAUCUGUAGAAACCAUUCCUGUGCUUUACCCUCAGAGGGAUCCCAUCAGCCACCAGGAAGAGGAACAUGAAGAGAGAGAGACUCUCCCAUCGUUAUAUUCAGAGAACCUGACAUUGUCUGCAGCAAAUCCGGGGAGCGUCUCUUUCCAGCGUAGUGUUUGGGAAGAAGGACAGCUGCUUCCUGCCCUUCCGCAGACUGAUCUUUAUAUAGAGGGCCUGGAAUAUAAAGAAUCUGGGAGCAGCUCACGGCCUGGCACCAUCAGUGUCUUCUCUGAUGAAGAGUCCCGUGAAGAGGAAUUUGGAGCAUCACAAGACAUAGGACUUGUUGGGGUACUCAGAGAAUGGGGACAGCAAGUGUUGCCAGAGAAAAUCUCCACGAUGUCAGAUGGGGAAAAUCGGGAGUCAGUGUGGAAGCCAUGGACAGACCCUUCUGCUGAAGAAACUCUUCCAGUGAUUAAUAAUGCUUGUAAUGUGCAAGCACAAGGAAAGCUGGCAGCAUGUACAGAUUUAUUGGGCACACAAGAUCUAAACCCAGACGCUGUUGUAGCCUCAGUGACUCCAUUUAACAACAAUUCUACUUUAGAACAGGGUGACUGUAAACUUCUGGACCCAAGUAUUCAGCUCCUGACUGCCAAACCCCAGCUAAUUCCAGAACCCUUACAGUUAUUCUCAAGAAUUGCAGAAACUCAGCAGCCGGACACAAUGCUGAAGAAGCCAGACAACACCUGUAACCAGACAGAAGGAGAUUCCAGGGAUAGUAUUACUGAUGCAGGAGAAUCGCAAGCAUUGUGGAACAGUAAAUCUUUGGCCACAGAUGGUGUGAGCAGCCAGUUAGGGAGUCAGGGCAAUAUAAUCUUUCCUUUUACAACAGAUGGGAGCUUAGACAGGAAUAUAGAUAAACUCCCCAUUCCACAUACACUGGUACCAGGGAGCCAUCUCUACAGCAGGGAAACCCCCAUAGUUGAAAGCUUUGAGCCAAGUCUGGUGGUGUCAGACCUCAGUUCCCUUAGUGAUAAUCUUGUUACAUCACUACUUAAUCAACAGUCUGUUCAGCAGGCUGCAGAGAAAGAAAGUCUCCUGGCACAGAUGGACAAGACUACAGCCUAUCACAGUUCUGCUACUAUGCCAUCAGAGAAUUCAAAUCUGGACAUUAAGGAUUGCUCUGAUGACAGGAGCCAAAAAGUUGCUUUCAAAGAGGUGACUCCAGUUGAAAACAUUCAAGUUGAGAGCACAAGUCAGUCACCCAAUGCUGACUAUGACCUGCUGAAGAAUUUCAGGGCAGAAUGUGAAGAUUUUAGCAAUAAUGAUAUAGUCAACCAUGAACCUAAAAUAGAGGAAUUUAAAAACAGCUCUGACCCUCUAAUUCCUUUCAAUGUCUUGGACACAGAAAGCUUCCAAAUUCCAGGAACACAUCAAAAAGUGAAAGUGCUAUGUACACCUAAUGUCAUCACUGAAAAUGUAAGUGAUCCAAGUGGAGACAGAAGCCUAGAUAUUGGUAUUGUCCCAUACAUGUACACAGACAGCGAUGUACACAUUAACAUGAUCGAUGAUCGAGGUGGUCAUAAAGAAAGACAAGGGUGUGUUGAAACUACUACAGCUCUUUCAGAAGACUCACCACACAAUUUGCAGGUGGUUACUUCAGGUGAUCAAGAAAAAGUAAUUAGUCAAACUGAUGAUAUUAUGCCACCAAUAAGGGACAGUAAAGCUCAAACCAGUGUGAAGAACUUACUAUUGGAAGAUGUAGCAAACUUUAGUUUCGAUACAAUGAGAAUUAAUCUGGCAAUACCGGGUGCAGAAGAGGAGGCAUGCACUUCUCCAUCCAUUAGUGAGAAUGAGCAAGCUCCUAAAAGUCAAAGUGUCCUCCAGUAUAAUAGCGAGAACGAGCUGACUCCCCUGUGUCUGAAAGCGGUCAUCCCUCAGCAGUCUAACAGCAUGGACUUUGCAGCAGAAGAGAAGAGCAAUAGUGCAGAGGACAUUGCUAAUGCUGUACAGAGCACCAGUCAAGGGAAACUUGCAAGCGACAAUGUAGGAUCACCUGCACUUCAGAAAAAACCUGCAGAGACUGAUAUAAAAAACACUUUAUCUGUUUCUGCUUCUGUAAAUUUGGGACACUCCCUUGCCACACACACUUCACUGGAUGAGCAGUCUAAGUCAUUAAGUGGAAUAUCUGAAACAAGAGAAGAGGUCAAGCUUCCACCUCCACAGACAGCUCCUUAUUCACCUUUCCUCAGGCAAGGCUCUGCUAUGGACUAUGAAACCAGAGAAAUCCAAAGUGAGACUGGCAUGACUUUAAAUGCAUCACAUCAGACACAAAGCAGUGACAUUAGCUGUAAGCUACAAUUAUCUGUCCUGUCUGAUUUGGAGAGCGUGAACCAUAACCCAGAAUGCAGCACGGGACAGCCAUUCAAGGUUCAGCUCAAGCAGGAUGUCUCUGUCUUAACUUCAGAACACUUAAAGUUAAUUAAUGUAUGUAAAAACCUGGAAGGCAGGUCUACAAAGGAGGAAGAGGUUCCCUUGAUCACAUUGAGUCAGCAAGAGAAAGCGUCCUCAAAAAACACACCCUGCCUAACCCCUGACAAUAUUCUCUGUCCUGGCAGAGUUCCGGAGGAGAAACUGCUUGCUGCCAACCUGCAGGAGCAUCCUGCAUCAGACUCUACUGUCACAGGAAAUAAAAUGGACAAGCCAAUAUCUAAAACUUGCAAGAACACUGAUAAUAAAUUGUAUGCCAAUGGAAUGGAAGUUCCAGAUGCCUCAGGAUUACAGAAGGAAAUAACUGUGCCAUGCAGUGAGUCAGAUGUAAGUAGCUUAAUUCCAGAAGAGAACCAGUCACGGAGGUUGCUGAAAGAAGGUCAGAGUAGUAAAUAUUUUGGACAGUCUCAAGAAUCAUAUAAUGCUGCCAAUGCUGGGAUCCCAACCAUCCAACCUCAGCUUGAAGUACCAGCAGUUGCAUGCACCCAGCCUCAAGUACCUGUAGAUAUAUUCACUCUGCCUCAAGUACCUGAAGAUACAUGCACAGGGCUUCCAGUACCAACAGAUGGAUGCACCCAGCCUCAAGUACCUGUAGAUUUGUGUUUCCAGCCUCACUUACCAACAGAUACCUGCACAGAGAUUCAAGUACCAGCAGAUACAUCCACUCCGCCUCAAGUACCAGCAGGUACAUGCAUAGAUCCUCAAGUAGAUAUUUGCACCCAGCCUUCAGCAUCUGUAGGCACAUGCACAGACCUUAAUAUACCAGCUGAUGCAUGCAAAACACUGGAUAUGUCUCAAAAAGGUAGCACUGCAAAGACAGAUAGCAAUUAUGAAAUCCAUGUGAGCAGUGCUAGUGAUGUAGCAGCAAUGCUUCCAAGUCUUGAUGUAUAUUGUAAAAAAGGCAAUGGAACAAAUAUUCCUUGUUUAAGCUUAGAUUCUGAAUUAAUGCAAAUUCCCCCAUUGACAACACCAGCCGAGGACUUUCGAUCACAGCAAGAGACCUCAAGUGUUCCUCUCCCUCAUGGAAAUCCUGAGAACAAUGUGAGUCCAAUCAUUUGUCCAGAGGAUGAAGCAGUAGAAUGUGUUGACCUUCAAUGUGGAAAAUCAGACAUAAAAGAAAGCCUUUCCACCAAUGAUUUACCUGUAGAGACUGUUGAGAAAACUCACAAAGAUCAAGUGCAGGUGUUGUCUAUACCCCACAUUAAGUCCUUUGAUAUCAAAACCUUGACUAAUACUGUGGAAGACUCAAUACAGAAUAAUUGUAAUAUUCAACCUGUACAACCUCUGGUUGAUAUUCAGAGCUGUUACAGUAAAGGUAUGGGGCAGCUUAGCCAUGGGAAUAAGUCCAAAGAAAUGAAGCAGGAUGAACAGGCAAAUACAUGCACUGCUGUGACUCCUUUAGUAGAGAAACUCAAGCCUCCAGACCCAUCUGAUGAUUCCGGUAUAGUUGUGGGAGGACAGAACCCCUUAUCUGACUCUGUGUCUACUACAACUGUAACUAAAGUACAUUCCCAACCCAUAGAGAUAGAAACAAAUGAGAACACGGCGAGCAAUAAAGACAUUACUGAAUAUUCUGCAAAUAAUCUGGAUGUGCAAAGUGCAGAAUCAGCAUAUCCAUCAGUAAUUGAUGGGCAGAAAGAUACUGUACACAGCACUCAGGUGGAUAGGAAUGUUGCAGUACAGACACACGUUAAUAGCCGGCAUUCAGAAACAGAGCCUGAUUCUAAGCCAGAGGAAGCAUGUGAUAUUCUGCAUCAUGAUAUGCACAAGGAAAUACACCCUCAGGAGAAACAUCCUGAGAUGACUAUUGAAGGGAUACCUGACAUUAGCUCUGAAGAGACCCACAGUUCUCACACAGAUGAGAUGAUCGGGACCCCAACAGACAGGGAAAUUGUACAACAAUUGAGCAUUUUAGCUGAUAUCAUAUCUAUUACAGAGAGCGAUUCAUCUUCCCAAGUAACACAUGCAUUGAAUACAGUACCUGUGCAGCGAGCAACCUCACAGGAGGACCUGCAAGUAAAUACUACUCUUCCUCAACUAGAGAAAGCUUGUAAUGAAACAGAAACAUCCAAUGUAACUACUGCUACAGGCAUCGACUCCACACUGACACCUGCAUCCUUGGAUCUUCCCCAAGAGAAAGAUAGCAACUUUGAAGAAAUGCCAAUAACGCCACAAAACAACAGCAAAGAAUUUGUUUCUGGUCAUGAAAAUCUUGCACUUGAAGAUACAGAAAUGAAAGCAUCUGAAACAAUAGUAGAAAGACCUGACUUUACUGCCAAAGCAAUUGGGGAUGUUCCUGAAGUUAAAGAGACAGCAAUAGUAUCCGAUCAAUUAAAUCCAACCCAUAAGAAGAUGGAUAUGCCGUCUGAGAUGUCAUGUUUCAUGGUUAAGGAAACAGAAAUCCUAUCUGACGAGCCACAUUUUACUGCAGAAGAGACAAAUAAUCCAUUUCUCUCCAUAAGCCCUAAUACUGAUGACUUGGCAAGUUUGGCACAGCCUGAAACUCCUGUUGAGACAUAUAGUACACAAGACACUGUUCAUACACAAGUGGUUGAUGAUAAAUCUUAUCUUCUAUCUGCAGCAGCAGAACUAUUACAGAAAGGGACUCAACUUCAGCACAUGGAAUUAUCAACAAACAUAAAGCAAGCUAACCCUAUCUAUGAACAAUUAGGACAUGACUCCGGCGAAGACAGGGAGUCUUCUGUACCUUUUCCAGCUCCAGAUCCAGAAGUAUUGAGUUCUGACCCCGGUUCUUCCAGACCUGCUAAUGACAAGUUGGUUUCUCCUCCAAGUGAACCAGCACUUUCCUCUGUGGUCAUCAGAAGCCCAACUUUUCCAGCAACGGACUCUUUUAGUUUCACCCAGAAACUGCGCAGUGUCCUCCACUCUGACCGGUCAUUUACCAAAAAAUCUGUGACCCCUACCUCUCCUGAGCCACUGGUACUCCCCUGCAGUCCCAUGCUGUUUGCAAAAGGAUCAAUCAAUGAAAGGAGCUCAGAUUCUGAAGAAGCCUUCGAGACUCCAGAGUCUACAACUCCAGUAAAGUCAGCACCUCCGCUCCCUAUCCCUGUCCUUCCAGAGGCUCAAGAACAGCAACUACAGGAGGAGGAAAUUCCUCUGCUUCCACCCAAACCUGAAGAACCAGAUUUGCUGCCCAGUUUGGAGAGAACACUAACCCCUGACGUGACUGUCUCUGAAAAUAUUCAUGAUUCUCCUUUUCGUCAGCCGUCACGCUCAUUUUCCGUGGUGUUUGAUGAGGACAAGCCCAUAGCAAGCAGUGGCACAUACAACUUGGACUUGGUGAGUGUUGAGCUGACAGAGGUCAUUACCAGCUCUUCAGAAGCACCCGCUAAAACCCGACGCAGGUCCACAGACUCUGUACCUGUCAGCCGGAAUACUCUGUCCCGCUCCCUUAGUUUGCAAGCUGCAGAUUUCCAACUUGAAGACGGCCUUUUUAGUCAUGGAGGAUCUGACAGUGCUGGUAGCACUUUACGAAGGACAAAGAAGGUACGACCGGCAUCUUUGAAGAAGAAGGCUGGAGGCAUUAAAAAACAGGCUGAAGCUGUUAGCAAUAAGGACUCUAGUCAGGCAUCAGGAGACCCACUGGAAGCAGAAGGGGACAUCAGUCUUCAAAAGCCACCAGGUCCAUCUCCUCCCCAAACAGACACAGACUUUUCAUUACUAGGGGAACAGCAAACCUCAUCUGUUUCGUGUUCAGAGUUGUCCUCUGCGGAGCACCAACCCGACAGUGUUACCAGUUUUCCUUCCAUUGAUCCUUAUCCUGCACAGGAAACAGGAAGGGUGUCUCCACCGUUACCUACUCACCAGAAACUUGAGGUGGCCCCAGGAAGGGUGUCUCCACCAUUACCUACCCACCAGAAACUUGAGGUGGCCCCAGGAAGGGUGUCUCCACCAUUACCUACCCACCAGAAACUUGAGGUGGCCCCAGGAAGGGCGUCUCCAACAUUACCUACCCACCAGAAACUUGAGGUGGCCCCAGGAAGGGCGUCUCCACCAUUACCUACCCACCAGAAACUUGAGGUGGCCCCAGGAAGGGUGUCUCCACCAUUACCUACCCACCAGAAACUUGAGGUGGCCCCAGGAAGGGUAUCUCCACCAUUACCUACCCACCAGAAACUUGAGGUGGCCCCAGGAAGGGUGUCUCCACCAUUACCUACCCACCAGAAACUUGAGGUGGCCCCAGGAAGGGUGUCUCCACCAUUACCUACCCACCAGAAACUUGAUGUGGCCCCAAGUGUCCCUGAAGUACUAGAAAACCCUGCAGUGAUUGGACAAGCAGUGAGGCUGGAGUUCGAUUAUUCCGAGGAGGCACGUGAGGGUCAGCCUCCCGCAAGGAAAGGCAAGAAACCCUCAGGCAAAAUGCCAUUACGAAAACCCAAGCCUAAAAAGGCUGUUGAAAAGCCUGAUGCUCCUCCUGGACCUCCCAGUCCUAUUCCUGCUGAUUCUGAAGAUGUUCCCAUUUCCAAAGGAUCCUACACAUACAAUAUGGACCAAUGGGAUGAUCCCAACUUUAACCCAUUCUCUUCCAGUGGGAAAGUGCAAGAGCCAUCAUUAGCUCAAGAAGCUCCUGAACCAUGUAAACCUAUUGCCCAUAGAUCGGAGUCUCCUGCAAAAACACCAGCUUCCUUUGAGAUACCAACAGGCGAUACUGAGCAGAAUGGAGAAAGCAAUAAGCCAGCUAAAAAGAAGAAGACUCCACUGAAAACUGACACCUUUAGGGUCAAGAAAUCACCAAAGCGUUCCCCGGUCACAGAAAAUGGCACAGAGGAACUGAAGUUACUCUCCAAAUCAGAAGCUCCACCCGUGAUAGCCUCUGAAGAACAUGCUACAGAUGAGGAAAAGCUGGCCUCCUCAGUCAGUAGCCAGAAGUGGACCUGCAUGGCAGUGGACCUGGAACCAGACAAGCAAGACUAUCCCCAGCCCUCGGACCUGACCAGUUUUGUCAAUGAAAACCAGUUCCACGCAUCCACAGAUGAUAUAGAAUACGGCAAUUCUUACAGCAUAGAGUACAUGGAGAAAACUGGGAAGUGCUCUCCGCUCCGGGACGUAACCCAGACUCAGUCUAUGUACCUCUUGUUUGAAGCAUCCCAGGAUAGCCCAGCAAACACACUGGCCAAGUUUUCAGAAUCGUGCACUCCAGGAUUAGACUCAAGCUUUGAAGCGAUGGAACCUAGUUUGUGCUCUGGACAGCUGCCCAUCUCAAGAUCUCCACCCUUGAUGCAGGACACCAUGCACCAGUCCCUGGAGAGGUUGCGGCAAAGAGAGGAAGAUCCUGGGAUGCUGGGUAGUGGCAAAAUGGAACUGGGCUCUCCGGACGAUGAAUACUUGGCUGCUGAGACCCUGCUUUCCCGUAUUUCACACCACACAGCUCUCUGCGACCAGCUCAGUUACCUGGAACCGGAUUUAGCAGAGAAGAACCCACAAGCGUUUGCACAGAAGCUGCAGGAGGAGUUAGAGUUUGAAGCCAUGAGAAGUGAGGCUCUGACGUUAGCCAGACACAUUUCCCAGGCCUCCCAGUAUACAGAGGUAUCUGGGUCUGAGGGGUUGGACUCAACAGACCUCGGCCUCUCGCACAAGUCACUUUACUCUCGUGCGGUGGUUAUGGAGACAACUGGAGGCGGCCUGUUACAUGGCUACCAGCAGCCGGACUUUGACACAGCACUUCAGCUUGCCAGGGAAGAGAUUGCAGCCAAGGAGAGGGAGGCAACAGAGUGGAAGAAGAAGUAUGAUGACAGCCGCUGUGAGGUGGUGGAGAUGAGGAAAAUUGUUGCUGAGUAUGAACAGACAAUUGCACAAAUGAUCGAGGAUGAUCAGAGAGAGAAGUCCGUCUCUCACCAUACAGUGCAGCAGCUGAUUUUGGAAAAAGAACAAGCCCUGGCCGACCUCAAUUCAGUGGAGAAGUCGCUGGCAGAUCUCUUCCGGAGGUAUGAGAAAAUGAAGGAUGUGCUGGAAGGUUUCAGAAAGAAUGAGGAUGUGCUGAAGAAAUGUGCUCAGGAGUAUUUGGCGCGGGUAAAGAAAGAAGAACAGCGGUACCAUGCUCUGAAAAUCCAUGCGGAGGAGAAGCUGGACAGGGCUAAUUCAGACAUUGCCCAGGUACGCAGUAAAUCUCAGCAGGAGCAAGCAGCAUACCAAGCCAGCCUGAGGAAGGAACAGCUCCGAGUGGAUGCCUUAGAGAGGACCCUGGAGCAAAAGAAUAAGGAAAUUGAAGAACUCACCAAAAUUUGCGACGAACUCAUUUCUAAGAUGGGGAAAAGCUAACCUGCUCCUGCUCCUUACGGAAUGCUUGGUUUACAAGCUGAGUGCAAUCGGGAUGAUGUGGAAAAGGGGGGCCCAGCCUUUUAACGUGUACUGUCAAUGUGGAGAAGGGGCACCUGCGGCUCUGGGAAGCACAGGAAGCAUGUGACACGAGCUUCCCACAUGCAUGUCCUUCCUGUAUCAGGGAGGCAGAAAACUGGUCCUACAUCUCCAAGUGUAUUGCAACAUUUUAUAGGGGUUUUACCCAAUUCUGCAUCAUGUCCAAGGGAGCUUGAGCUCAUUCUACGUCCUGCCGGGCAAGACUACAAUCAAAGUUCAGCAUCAUUACAUAUGGGUGGGGGUCUUCCUAUACAUUGCUGGAGUUGCUAUUUAAAAUGAUUGCAAUAAACUGAAAGACAUCAGCUCAUAAUCGCAUGAAUGGUGUGUUGUAAAUAAAUCUGCAUUAUGCAAACACUGGAGAACCCAUUUUUUCCCCUAAAAUAAAUAUUUGUGCUUCUUGCCUUAUACGUGGUAAGAAUGUCUCUAUUUCGUAAUUACCCUGACCCUGACUGCAACAAAUAUUUGUGUAUACAAUGUAAGCUGCCGGCUGUUGCAUGGUUUCACCAAGUGGUACGCACUGGUCCAGUUGCUGUAUAUUAUAAACCACUGUCUUCCAUUAGAUGUGGAACACCUGCACCCCCAAAGUCGUGUAAAUUGGUGGGAUUGGUUUCUAUAUGUGUAAGCACAGCUGGAAUUAUUCAUAAUGAUAUAAGGGAGAGUUUUUUUUAAUGUACCAGAUCGCACUUUUUUAAAUAAGAGUUUUGAAAGGUAUAAUUGUGCAUUCACUGUAUUAGGACUAUGAUACUGAGAUUCCCCCAAGUGCAUUCGUAUGAUGCAACGAUACAUCUUUGUGCAAGGUUUAUUAUCUUGCACUUGUGGCCCCUUGCAUUUGGAGAGACGGAUAAGGAGCGUUAACAUGCAAGUGCUUUAUGAUAAUGGUGUGCUGAUACAAGUUAUGCAAGCCCCUUUGAGAUGCAUCUAAUUUUGAGUUGCACUGAUUGUGAAAUGCGUUAGUGCAAGAUGUAAAUUUUGCUCCUGCAUAAACCAGGUGCAAGUCUUGGAGUUUAUAAUGAUUAUUGUACCUUCCUUCGAUGCAUCUAUAUGCUAGAUUUACUAUUGUGAGUAUCUUAAGUCUCAUGUAACUCAUAAUAUAGGAAUGGAAAUGCCAGUCGGAAAAAAAGCAUCAUUGCGCAUACAAAAAGGAACAUCUUUACAUCCAACUCUAAAUGGUACCUGCAGUAACAGCUACAAUCCUAGUCUGAAUCAAGCCCGGAUUUUACAUUUUCUUAUCCCCUAGGUUACAGUUUAUGCGUUGCCCCAUUUUCUCAGAGCAUUGCAUCCCUUCUGUAAAAUGGAAAUUACUCUGUCCCGUUUGAGACAGUGGGUAAGUCUUUAUAAUAUGUAAAUAAUAAAUUAUUUAUCUAAAAAAUUGAAAUGCAAAUUACGCAGAGUGUUCUCCUGCAACACUAUCACCCAAGGAAUGGACACAGGUGUUCUUUGCCCAAAUCCAGUCAAGCUCUGACAGAAAAGUGAACUGAUAAAUGGUCUGGUUUAUACAUUCUGAUAGAACAUGAAAUUGUAUGUUUCUAGACAACACCAGCAAUUCACAGGAAAGAUAGUAUUUUGUAUGUAGGUCUCCCUAAAAUCCCCAUCAGUAUAAAGUUCUCACCAUAGUGUUGAAUUCAGUUGCAUUUAAUAAACUGUUUGGUGAAACUGGAACUAUGUGUUUUUACCUAGAGGUUACAAAGUGCUGCUACAAUGCUUCUUACUACAAAAAUAAAAAAUUGUCUCUUUUUACUGUUUGAGAGGUUUGGUCAAAAAACAUGCCACCAGUCACUUGCAUUAGCUGAAUUUGUACUUCAUUGAUUAAAGUUCAUCUGUUUGCACCAUG